UGCACACUAAAAAAGUUAAUUUAACUUUUUUUUUUCCUAUUUUUGACACCGUAGCUCACACUACUAUAGUUAUCGUAUACGCGUGAGCUAAUAUUAAUGAAUAAUGUAGUUCGUGCAAGACCACAUCCUGACUCCUCAGAUUCUUUGAAUACAAACAAAACUGUUUCUAUGGAAGCCGUGAAAUAAUUCAGCGUAUUGUCAGUAUCAACAUUAAAAAUUGAAUGUUUUAAGCAAAUAUUUCUGAAGUAACUGGUGAAAAAAUGUAUUCAGCUCAAGUAAUAAAUGAUGGUGAUUUCACCAAAACUGUGUACAAUUUGAUAAAAGAAAGUCGUUUCAACGAAGCUAUAAAAGUACUGCACGGAAUUCCAGAAUCAAGUUCCACCAGAGCCGGACUAUCUCUUCUAGCUUAUUGUUACUUUUACAUUCAAGAUUUCAAUAACGCCUCCAGUUAUUAUGAACAACUUUCCGAUAUGUAUCCUGACAAUGACGAUUAUAAAUUGUAUUACACCCAGUCACUGUAUCAGGCUUGUUUGUACGAUCAAGCUUUUCAGGUCUCCAAUAAGCUAAUUGAAAAUCCAAAAUACGCUGCACAAAUCACCAAGCUUCAAGCAGCAAUAAAGUACAGCCAAGAAGAUGUACUGUCAGCAAAAAAUCUGGUAGAUUCUUGUCCCAAUGAUGAUCCUGAUAAAGAAGUUAAUUUGGGUUGUCUUUUAUACAAAGACGGCAAUUAUGAGGAGGCUUUGGCAAAGUUCACCAGCGCUUUGCAAAUUCAAGGCUUCAAGCCUUAUUUGGCUUAUAACAUUGCACUGUGUUAUUAUAGACUCAAAGAGUAUGGAUCUUCUCUUAAAUAUUGUGCUGACAUUAUAGAAAAGGGCAUACGAGAUCACCCUGAGUUAAGCAUAGGAAUGCAAACAGAAGGAAUUGAAGUGCGUUCAGUAGGAAACACUUUAACUUUACAUGAAACUUCAUUAACAGAGGCUUUCAAUUUAAAGGCUGCAAUAGAAUAUCAGCUAAAAAAUAAGGAUGCUGCCAGAGAAGCUCUAACAGACAUGCCUCCAAGAGCUGAAUAUGAAUUAGAUGCAGUAACUUUGCACAAUCAAGCUUUGGUUAACUUUGACCAGAAUCCUACCGAGGGUUUUGAGAAGUUGCAAUUCUUGUUGCAGCAAAAUCCAUUUCCUCCGGAAACUUUCGCCAACUUACUUUUGUUGUAUUGCCAACAUGAAUGCUAUGAUUUAGCAGCUGAUAUACUUGCUGAAAAUGCACAUUUGACUUACAAAUAUCUCACUCCAUAUCUUUAUGAUUUUUUGGAUGCUAUUAUCACUCAACAAACAUCACCUAGUGAAGCGUAUCAGAAAUUUGACGAGCUUGCUAGCAGGCAUACUGAACAGUUACGUAAACUAGCCAAGCAAGUUCAGGAAUAUAGAAAUAGAGGCGACAUUGAAAUUGUAAAAAAGGCCAUAUUGGAGUAUGAAGAGUGUUUGGAUCGAUAUAUUCCGGUCCUAAUGGCCCAAGCCAAAAUAUAUUGGGACCUAGAGAAUUAUCCACAAGUGGAGAAAAUCUUUAGGAAAAGUGCUGAGUUUUGCAAUGAACAUGACAUAUGGAGGCUCAAUGUUGCCCAUGUUUUAUUUAUGCAAGAAAAUAAGUUUAAAGAAGCUACUGGGUUUUAUGAACCUUUGGUUAAAAAAAGCUACUCUGAUAUCCUUAACGUUAAUGCAAUAGUAUUGGCAAACCUAUGCGUUUCUUAUAUAAUGACGUCUCAAAAUGAGGAAGCUGAAGAGUUAAUGAGGAAAAUUGAAAAGGAGGAAGACCAAAUGUAUUUUGAAGAUCCUGAUAAGAAAUAUUUUCAUCAUUGCAUCAUAAAUUUGGUUAUAGGUACUUUGUAUUGUUCCAAGGGUAAUUAUGAAUUUGGAAUUUCGCGAGUAAUGAAAUCUUUGGAACCUUACAACAAAAAGCUUGGUACCGAUACCUGGUUCUACACUAAACGUUGCUUUUUAAGUUUAAUUGAAAAUCUUGCUAAGCACAUGAUAGUUUUACGUGACUCUGUUAUACAGGAAUGUAUACAGUUUUUGGAAAGUUGUGAAUUGCAUGGAAAGUCAGUGAGAACAAUUGCUUAUGCAACUAUUACUGAAGAAAACGAAACGCCAAAUGGCAAAGAGACUGUCAGUUAUGAAGCUAGAAAAUUGAAACAUUUACUAUUGAAAUUGGAAGAUUAUUAAAUUAAAUUACUAUUCUAAUUACUUUUUAUAAAUGCUUGUUAUAUUUCAAAGCUGGGAAAUACAGCUACUUUUAAAGUAGAUUAUUGUCAUUUUUAUUGUUUGAAAUGCAAUAAUGUUCCCUUUAAUGAUAGCGGAAUGUUUACAAAUGGUUGCUGUCCUAAAAUUAAAAAUUAUUCAUUCAUUUUUGGCACGUAUUCCAACACGAUGGCGGAUUUUGGAGUCACUGGGAUUGCAGUAGCCGUCUUUUUGGACCUGGAAAAAAAAUCCUUAAAUUCAGUAUUAUUAUAGUUGCUACUAUAAUGACGAAUAGUUACUUCUUGAAGGUCUGAUAGAGGUGGAAUUUCAGCUGGGAAAUUGGCAACAGCUGUUGUAUCAGUUGGAUUAACUGCUACCAAGAUACCAGGAUUGCCAGGUGUUACCCUAAAUUAAAAAUAUUAUGUUUUUGUAACCACAUAGUUGAAACGUCUUCUGAUAAUUUAGUAGGAACUUUUUGGACCAACCUGAUAUGCAUUCUCAUAGGGCUACGAUUUAAAUUUUUGCAUCAUGUAGGACAGUUAAGAUUUUGAACUUUGAAAAAAAACUAGAUGUGAUGGAAAUUAUCUAUGACCAGUUCAACCAUAUGUAACACUUUUAAUUUCAAGUUUGAGAAGUCUUUAGUACAAAUAAGACUGCGAUCUCUCUUCUGCCCGUACUAAAUUAUGAUUUAGAAUUAUUCAGAAAUAGGGACACACAGAUAUUUCUGCAUUUGGGGUUGCAUAAACGAGUAUGAAUAAAGACUCCAAAUUCUUAGCAAUUUUGAAUUCUGGUACCUUUUCAGGCAUAACAAAUGAUUCCUAGUAACCUGAAGGGCUGUGCAAGGUAAUCUAGUGGACUAUAAGGGAUAUCUCUUUCAAUUCAAAUUAAAAAAAAAAAAAAACAUUUACUUAUUUACCUUUGCCUAAAUCCAAAGCAAGCAAAAGAAAUUCAGAAAUUAAUAUAAACAUUAAAUAACUAUCAAGAUGUUUGUUUACCUUAUGAAUGCCAAAAUUGUAUUAUUCUGUAGCCCAUAAACUCCACAUAUCCCUCUCAUUAUUGAAGCACUAUCUCUAAUUUUAAGCAGCUCGACAUCUACUCUAUCAGUAACAUUUACUAAUGGAGCCCCCGGUAGGAGAUAAGUUAUAAUAUCAAAAACAUCUUUGGGCAGAGCAGUGGUUUUUGCCUCCCAUAACGGCCAUUCAAUUCUGUUAAUGCCAAAAGCAUAAUUUAGGCUAUUCACAGUUUCGUUAACCGACACUGUAGGUUUGGAGAAAAUGUGGCUCAUCAGUGGCAUAUCUACGACAAGACUAUCAUUGAAUUUGAAUGAUUCUACUUUGGCCAAGUCUUCGGCAACCAUCAACGGUCCAGAUUCGGUUUUAUUUUUAAUCAAUGUCCUCCAUGUUAAUAACAAACUUGCUAAAUCGGCCAAAUUCUCAGUUUUUGCGUGUCUAAAGAAGUCAUAUUGACCCAAAGUCAAGUCGGGAUUUAGGUUGGUAUUCACGUCUUCGUCUUCAAAUGUAGAAUUGACUAAUAAGAAUGGGGCGUUGCGCAAACGUAUUCCGGAAACAUUUACCGCAAGGAAUCUUUCGAUUACUUUGCUGAAUUGGUCAACUACUGGCGGAUAACGGAAGUUGAGGUGGGGCUUAGCAAAUGGAAUGUAAUAAUAUUCUUUCCUGGCUUCUGAAUAUUUCCAUGAAGACACAUUGCUUGGACUAAC